AUGAGUACAGAGGCCUCCAGCCCCCGCAUCUUCCUCACAGUUCCUGUCACUCCAGGGAGCCCAUCAGAGGCAGCUGACCCUCUCCCCGUGCUCAUUGCCCUGGCCAGCAUCUUCCUCCUGCUGGCCACCUGUCUGCUGUUCAUGACCCUCUGCAAACCAGCCGCACUAGACCCGAGCCGCCAGGCUCACGAGCGCAUGCCUCACCAUCCUGGGAGCCCCAGCGAGCCCCAGCUCCGGCUCUGGAAGCGCCUGGGCUCCCUGCGCUGCUCCCUGCACAGCUUUCGCCGUGACCAGCCUGCUGCAUCUCAACGCCCCCUGCCAGACCGUGAUGAUGACCACAGCUGGGAACACAUAGAAUCUACCAAAAUGUGA